AUGUUCCCAGUCGCCUCGAUCCUGGCCCUGUACGUGGCAGCAGUGUCAGCAGCUCCUGGUCAGCCGACUGACAAGGCUUUCGACUACAUUGUUGUUGGCGGAGGUACUGCUGGAGUCGCGCUGUCGACCCGUCUCAGCCGGGGGCUGCAGAACGCGACAGUCCUGGUCAUCGAAGCAGGUCCAUCAGGGCUCGGCGACGAGCGCAUUGAGAUUCCGGGUCGGAGAGGUUCGACGUUUGGGAGCAAGUACGACUGGAAUCUCACUACUGUGCCGCAGGAGGGAUCAAAUGGCCGCGUCUGGGUUCAGACCAGAGGGCACGUCUUGGGUGGGAGCUCCGCACUCAACCUCUUCUCAUACGAUAGGGCGUCUGCGCACGAGUAUGACGGAUGGGAAGAGCUUGGUAACCCAGGGUGGAACUGGGACUCGAUGCGCUCUGCCAUGAUGAAGUCUGAGAAUUUUACCUCGGCCAACACUCAGUACUACACCGGGAGCGAGGGCGUUGGCAAUGCUGGACCUAUCAAGGCUCUGAUCAACCGGCUCAUCCCCAAGCACCAAGCCCCGCUGUUCCCGGUCAUGAACAGCUUGGGCAUCGAAACAAACCUUGAAUCAUUGAACGGCAACGUUCUGGGCGUUCUGUACUCGCCCAACAGCAUCGAGCCGACACACUACAACCGAUCCUACAGCGCCAACUCUUACCUGCCCUUAGCCGGUCCAAAUCACUUCGUUUUGACAGAUUCAAAGGUCGCCAAAGUCAACUUGGAGACUACCUGCCAUGGCAGCCAGCGUGCUACCGGCGUGACUCUUGUCGACGGAACCGUCCUAACUGCUCGUCGCGAGGUUAUCGUUUCUGGUGGAGGUUUACUGAGCCCCUCUAUUCUGGAAAACUCCGGCAUUGGCAGGGCGGAUGUUCUCUCUGCUGCUGGUAUUAGUCAGAUUAUUGACCUUCCAGGAGUAGGUGAAAACCUCCAGGAUCACAUCCGCAUCCAGAGCUCGUACGAACUGAAGAGCAACUACACUGGAUACGACCGUCUCAAGUACGACACAGUCUAUGCUGCUGAGCAGCUCCAGCUCUGGCGGCAAGGCAAGACUUCAAUGUACGGAUACUCUGGGAGUGGAUACACGUUCACCAACUGGAACCAAGCUCUCGGUGACGAUGGAGAAGCAGCGCUUGCUGCCCUUGCUCAGACGGCGAUUGUGGAUACCAACAACCCGGUUGAGAAGAAAAAACUCCAAUGGCUCAACGAUACAACGGUACCUCAACUGGAAAUUCUUUUCAGCGACGGAUAUACCGGCGUCAAGGGGUAUCCUGCUUCAGGAAGUCCAGGUUACGGCAAAGACUACUUCACGCUCAUCGCGGCCAUUAUGCACCCACUGAGCCGAGGGCAUGUCCACGUCAACCCUGCCGACCCCUUGGGACCACCUCUCAUCGACCCGAAUUAUCUUUCAAACGAAUACGACUUGCAAGCAGCCAUCCAAGCCAUCAAAAAGUGUCGUCAGGUCGCUCUCACCGAACCUCUCAGAUCCACGUGGGUUUCGGAGUAUGAGCCAGGCUUGAAUACUACGACAGACGCACAGUGGCGGGACUUUGCUCUCAGGACCACCUUAUCCAUCUAUCACCCAGUCGGCUCCUGCGCAAUGCUCCCGAAGGAAGAUGGCGGCGUCGUUGACCCGUCACUAAAGGUCUACGGAGCGGAGAACCUCAGGGUCGUGGACGCAAGUAUCAUGCCAGUCCUAAUUUCAGCGCAUAUUCAGACUGCAAUAUAUGGAAUUGCGGAGAGAGCUGCUGAUAUCAUUAUUGAGGCUGCAAAAAAGUUAUGA